AUGAGGAAGAUGAUAAUCAGGUACCUUAUUUUUGGCACUCUUGUUCUGGUUGUUAGGCAAGUUUUGAAGAUGGGACUAGGAAAAGUGGCAUCUCAAUGUGCUCAUGCUGCCAUGGAGAUGUAUGCGGAACUGAUGCAGAGCAAUCAGGUUCUUUUAAGACAACGAGAGCAAUGUAGGCAACCCAAGAUCGUCUGUACAUGCAAGAAUCAACAAGAAAUGUAA